ACGUUAUACACUCGCCGGAUUAAAAGUAAGUGAAGCUCCAAAACAGCUAGAAAAAGAGAAAUGGAUAGAGAGUGGGGAUCGAAGCCUGGUAGUGGUGGCGCCGCUUCUGCCCAGAAUGAAGCCAUUGAUCGUCGAGAACGUCUUCGUCGUCUCGCUCUCGAGACUAUUGAUCUUGCUAAAGAUCCCUAUUUUAUGCGCAAUCAUCUUGGAAGUUACGAGUGUAAACUGUGUUUAACAUUGCACAACAAUGAGGGAAAUUACUUGGCUCACACUCAAGGCAAACGUCAUCAAACCAAUUUGGCUAAAAGAGCUGCUCGUGAAGCUAAAGAUGCUCCUGCUCAGCCUCAACCUAAUAAACGCAAAGUUGAUAUUCGCAAAACUGUCAAGAUUGGUCGGCCUGGGUACCGAGUAACGAAGCAAUUUGAUCCUGAGACAAAGCAGCGCUCUCUUCUUUUCCAGAUAGAGUAUCCUGAGAUUGAGGACAACACUAAGCCUAGGCACCGGUUUAUGUCUUCUUUUGAACAGAGGGUUGAUGCUUUUGACAAAAGAUUCCAGUAUCUUCUGUUUGCUGCUGAACCUUAUGAAAUCAUAUCUUUCAAGGUUCCUAGCACCGAAAUUGACAAGUCCACCUCCAAAUUCUUCUCACAUUGGGAUCCCGACUCCAAGAUGUUCACACUUCAGUUAUAUUUCAAGCCCAAGCCACCAGAGGCAAACAAACCACAACCUCCUACUGCACCAAAUGGUACUUCAGUCCCAGGGGUCCCACCAAGGCCUCUUGCACCUUCCAAUGCACCUCCACAGCCUCCACCACCACCACAAGGACCUCCACCCGGUGCUCCAGCUGGGAAUCCCCCAAGAAUGCCACCACCACCUCCACCAUCAAUGGCUACUGGUCCGAGGCCAUUGCCUCCUGGUGGGGCACCUCCAGCACCACCACCUCCCCCAUCCGGGAAUCCUGGAAUGGGGAACUUCACAAUGGGAAACGUACCGCCUCCGCCACCCCAAGGCUUCCCAGGUCAACAAAUGCAAGCACCACCACCUCCUCCCCCCUAACAUUUGCCAGCAAUAGUUGGCUUUACAUAAUUGUAGUUUUGAUAUGUUAAAUGUGUACUAGAUUUGAAGGUUUUAGUUUUACAUUAUUUCUUAAACAUACUCUAAAAAAUCUAUUGUGGAAUACAUUUGUUUUGGCAGGGAAACGAUAUACCACUGUUAACAUUCCUA